GGAUGGGUAGUGGAGGCGAGAACGAAGGGAGGGGACUGUUUCAAGUGCUUUUAUUUUUUUUUUUUCAAACUCCGCUUUUUUUUUUCUUUCAGAGUGAUGUCCCACUUCAAUUAGGAGCAGUGGCGUCUCCAAAAGCGUAGCAAUGCUGGAUGAGGCAGAAAGAUAUGGGCGAAUCGCCCAGAGCCUCCAAGGUCAAGCCCUCUGCCUAGUCCCAAGUGUCUCCAAUUGUAUAACUGCUCAGCCUGUGACCUAGAACCUAGCUGACAGCGUAUAUGGCUAGAGACAAAACGGAUGCAGACGUGAGCCUAUUUGCUAUUUUGGCGGUUGCAGGAAGGAAACAUGAAAGGAAAGCGUCGAGAGAUGAUUCAAUCCAUGUAGAACUGAAGGGUCUCUCUUAUAACACCUUUGAAGCUAAUAGAAACAUGGAGUCUUGCGAUGCUUAUAAUUCAAUGGUAAGCAGAGCUGUAUCUGUAAACACGGCUGUAUCUGUUAACUAUUCAGUGCCAAUCAGCCCAGCCGCAGCUGUAAGCAGUGUAGAAAAAGUGUCUACGAAGAGAAAGAAACGAGUAGUUGAUUCUUUUCGUGGUAGAAAAAGCUGCAAGCUAGAUGCAAGUGGAAGUCUAUCAAAACAUAACUCUGACAAAACAGUGAUCAGUGCAGAGCAGACAGCUAAAAAUAACAAAUCUUUAAACGGCAAUGAUAUCUGCGCAACGUCUAAGUCUGUCAAGUCCAUCCUGGUCAGCAAUGUUGGUCAGUAUGGUGGGACCACGUUCGUAUCUUCGUCUGUUUCCGACAUGUCGCACUUGGUCAGCACGGAAGUCAAUAAUUCGUUCAGCUCUGAUGGCCCAGCUUCUUCCAAGAGAAUGUUCUCACCACCUUCUGUUACUAACUGUUGUGUCAGCACAGGACUAUUGCAAAACAAGACUGGUACAAAUGAGGCUUUACUGUCUACUUUAGAAUCCAUGUUUGGGCUCAAGAGUCAAGAAAAGAAGACGAUCAAGGAAGAGCCCAAUAUCUGCGGCACGAUACCAAUGGAAACCAAUGGCAUAGGUCGGUUUCCCGAGUCCUGUUAUCUCUCUGAAGACAAACCCAACGUUAAUGCUUACAGUCAGCAAUCAGAAAACAAAUCGGUCAACACUUUGCUUGACUUUCUAAAAACUGGAUCAAAAUCCGAAAUACAGAACACAAGUUCUGAGCAGUCAUUUCUGGCCGUUCAGCCUCAGUCAAACAACUUGGAAGCAAUGCCAUUGAAUCUGGAUCUCUCUGGAGAGCGAAAGUUUAUGUACUCUGAUACUCUAACACCAAAUGUGAAGUUUCCGUUGAAUGAAACCCCGGAAAAACUAACUGGAAAUCCCGAAUGCUCUUCUCCAACAGGAAACACAAACAACAAGCCAACAGAAAGGUUUUCCACUAAUGGGUUCUCGUCCUGUUCGUAUCCGUCCCGAAAUGACAUUCCCUCGUGCAUGGAAGAAACUUUCCAAAACAGCUCACUUCAGCAGAACGCUUUUCUUUACCAGAAAGAAGCAGGCUCUACUCAUUUGGGCUCUAUGCAAGCUUCCGAGUUUCCUUUGCACAAUCCCACGUUGUCUCUAUUUCAAAAUGACGCUCUUUCUACCUCAGAGUCCAUUCUAAUGACGUCGUUUUGCUCCCCAGGCGUCGGGACUUUACCCUCGCCGCCAACCUCAGAUGCCUCUUUAUCGUCUUCACCCGAAAGACACAGAAAGCAGCCAGAUGUCCCAAUUUUCUUUCAGAACAAACCCACCCAGCAGCGGCAAUCAGAAGGAGAUAGUUACCAAUGGCGGGAUACACCUAUUGGCGUCAAGUCGCAAUGUAUGUACGCCAGAAGCCUUCACAAGUACCGCGACUCACCCGAUCUGAAGACUGACGCAAAGGAUCUAAAUGAGCACACAUUGUCUCAGCAGGAUGAGGACUACGACAACUAUGGUCCACAAGACUACGUUUAUGACUUUGAUUCUGGGAAGCGGAAAGGAAAAUCCGUGUUAGUACCUGCAGAUAUCUCGCUGUGGACGCAGGAGAAUGUGACCAACUGGCUCAAGUGUACAGCGCUGGAGUACAACCUGACCGACGUAGAUGUUUCAAAGUUUUACGGGGUGGACGGCCCCAGACUCUGUACCAUGACCCAGGACGAUAUCUACAAGUUGGCAGGACCUCAGGACUCACAAGUCCUGUACCGCUAUCUUACAUAUCUUAAAAAAGCUAACGGAAACAGACACAUAAAUAGAAAUCCACCUUUGAAGUCUGAGGUGCCAGGGGACGCUUCUCUUGACGUCAGCAGCCCUGGUAUCCCUCCUCUCAUUGACACCACAUCGUCCUGUGACGUCAGUAUUGCCCCGAGCUUCCCGCCGAGCGCCAGCGUGGUAGCAGGCCAUCGAUGGGCCACAGUUGUCAUUGUGAUCCUGUUUCUUAUCUCUACGUUUGUGAUGGUCUUUGUAAGUGAUACUUAUUCAGGAUUGGCUAAACUGGCCUGGUCAACACAACCUCACUCCGUGGCCUCUGCGUACACACCAACAUUCCCUGGUCUGAGUAAAUCAGCAUUCGAUACUAGUGUCCACGGCGCUCAGUGGAGGGCUGCACAUGCCUACGCUCAACAGUUCCCCACAGUGGGCAAAUCAAGCUUAGAGUCCAAUCUCCACAGCACACAAUGGAGAACAACGCAAGAUCUUUACCAAAUACUGGGACCUAUUUCAUCUCGUCUCUCCACAUCAGGUUCUGGUCAGAUCCAACUCUGGCAGUUCCUACUUGAGCUACUCUCUGACUCGGCCAACGCCGCCUGCAUCACGUGGGAGGGCACCAACGGCGAGUUCAAGCUGGUGGACCCUGACGAGGUGGCCAGAAGGUGGGGCGAGCGUAAGUCGAAGCCCAACAUGAACUACGACAAGUUGAGCCGGGCCUUGCGGUACUACUACGACAAGAACAUUAUGACCAAAGUCCAUGGCAAGAGAUACGCAUACAAAUUUGACUUUGCUGGGCUUGAUCAGUUGCUUCACUCUGCCAGCUCCGAUUCUGCUUUUAAAUUUCACCAGGACGUCUUCGGUUUUCAGAGUUACCCCGCCCACAAGUACUUCAGACCGCCCACGCACCCAAUGAGCCCCGCCUCAGCCGCAGGACUAUUUCAGCCGGCCGGCUGCUAUUGGUCGAGCCAUGGAAACGGAUUUCUAGCAGGAAUAGGAAGUCACGUUAUGGCGUCGCAUCACUCCGCCCACUUGCCCUCCCUAGGGUAUCCAUACUCAUAAAUAAUAGUUUCUAAACACGCGCACACAUAGAUCUAGACUUGGUGCUGUAGAUAUGUACAUAUUCCAAUUUGUUGUUAAGAUAAUUAUUGAUGGGUGUGUUCAUACAAUCUAUGAGACUCGCCCAUUUAUCCCAAACAAAUUUUGGAAGACACGCCCAAUAAAAAAAGUUAAAUGCUUUUUACCAAAAUGCUCAAAAAAUUUUUUUUUUAUUUAGAUCGUUGUAUACAUUGUAACUAUUUUUCUCUUGUAAAAAAGAUCUUUAAAUUUGUACUGUUGCCAAGAGUCGUUGUCAAUCAUCUAUUUGGGGAGGGGAUUAAGGAUGUCAAUAUUCAUUGAUUUUCAAUGAAGUGACACUUUCUUUAAAAAAAAUGUCAAACUUUAUGUUUAUUAAUAAUGUUGCGCAUUAGUCAUUAUACUCCAGUCCAGUUCAGAUUUCUAUUUGCCUCAUUGGGUCAAGAAAGAAGUUAAUAACACCGUUCACGGGAUGCGGGACUGUCCUCAACUUGCAUGGCACAGCUUUAAGAACAACUUCUUCGACAAGUGCUUGCGACUUAUAAUUGGUGUCAUUGGACGAACAAAAUCUUAAACAACAGUCUGUGGGAAACAAUCACCAAUAGAACACGAAAUGAAACGAAACGCAUGAGGCUGGAUUGGGCACACACUGCGAAGAACAGCAGGAAACUUUGCAAGACAGGUUCUAGACUGCAACCUGCUGGGGAAGGCUGGAAGACCAAAGAAAACAUGAAAUCUGUAGACCAAGAAGCAAAGACAGCAGGUUUGAGAUGGACCCGACUGAAGGGAAUCGCCCAGAACUGAGUCACAUGGUGAAAUACUGUGGCGGCCCUCUACUGGGAGCCCAAUGGACAAAGUCAAGUAAGUCUACGACCAGGAAGGGUUAGAACAGACAAACGUAGAAGUGCAGACGAACGUUUGGGUGUUGAUCUAAAUGUUCAGUUAAAGGAGUGCUAGCAUUUAUUGGUGUGGCAAAGAAAGAAUGUAUGUGUGUGUGUGUGUUUGCUGGGAGUUUAUGUAAAAGACGAACGAGAAAAAACAAGGUCAAGGUCUUAUUAUGUUUACUUAUUUUUUCGUUACUGUUGCUUACUUUAUAAAUAUUCAAUAAACCUCAAUUUAGAAUGAAUGCAGACAUUGUAUAACAGACAUUAUGUAUACAUUAUUAGGUACAUGUAUUAUUGUAGAUUCAUCUUAUUUCUUUGACAUUCUGAAACUCUAACAUUUUUGCAUAGCCCAAAUCCCUGUCUCACUUUGAAAAUUGAACUCUUGUUAAAAUAGUAAGGGCUGGACAUUCACAACUUUAUGGUAAAUUAAAAAAAUAAUCAAUUUGAAUCACAAAGUCUGACUUCUGUAUACAACAAACAGUUGAGUGUUCGUGUAAUGACAUUCUGAUCUAAACUCACAAGUACCCCUAGGGUCACAUAAAGGUCGCACUAAGUUUUAGAAUGUCUGGUCAUCUCUUAUGUUCAUUUUGUAUUUUGAUGUUCAUUAUAUUUGAAUAUUUUUUUAAGAAUAUAGUUUUUGUUCGGUUAAUGAAGAAAUAUGUACAGAUGUUACAUUUUUAGCUAUUUUAUAAUUUUCUUUCUUAAAAAAAUUGGCUGUAAUUAUUGAUCCAUUAGCAUUUCUGUAAAGGUUAAAUGUUGAAAACAAUACAGCCGCAGAUAUGCACACGUUAAAAUAAACAAAAUUAAAUAUGCAUCAACAGAAAUACCCGCUAAGAUACAAACACUCAAACAUAGACUUUGAGCCUUGAACUCAAAAUUGGGGUGGCAGAAUUAUAUUCCAUACUUACUAUCGCUUCCGGGUUAUAACACUAUGUGGAUUGGUAGAUAGCUUAAAGAGAAUAAUAUUUAUAAAAAAAGCAAGGCCAAAUUUAGAUUGUUAGACGAUGAAGUUCUUGGCUCGUCUUGAGCCCUUCAUAAAUCCGUUGUACAUUAAGAACCCUUUGCAUGAUGGGUCAAGUCAGGGCAAGAGAUCCUGAUACUCCCUCUCUGCCCUUCACUGUGCCCGAGACUUCGAUAGUCUGAACAGUGUGUAAGUCGCUUCUAUUUAUUUUGUUUGUUUGUUGUUUGACCUCAUUUCAAAAGUGUUUUUGUUUUCAUUCACGUUGCUGAAAAUAUGUUUGUAUUGACUUAUAUUUUGUGAACAUAAUCCAACAUCUUUUUUUAAAAAGUAUUUCUUUCCUCUAACUGUGCCAGCUAUGUAACUAAAAGCUUGAAUACACUUUCACCAUGUUGAGUUCUACAACUGAGACACGCAGAGUUGAACAUGGCUCUAGUUAUGUUUUCUGCUGGAGUCUGUUACAAGGUACAAAUAGGAAAUCAACAAGCAUAACAUAGAUACAAUAAUAACAAUGUAAUAACAAUGACAAUGUUGAAGCAAUAAUUAAACUACUCUAUUGGUAA